CCAGGACGUUCGGAAACACUAUACAGUCAUUGAGCGGGAUCCAAUCUUGGCUAGCCAACGUUUCUUGUAGGAGGGAUAAUGCAAGGAAUGUUGUCGCUGAGCGGUCGGGUGGGAUCUUGCAUUCCAAUCCGACGGGCUCAGCCCUGUUUUGCGCCCUUAAUUACACAUCGGACUGUUCCUUACAUUGUGGGACGGGAGUCGGGCCUCGCUCGUCAUAGGCGGCUCGUGCAUGCAGCUGCGACCCCAAUUCAAUCGUCAGCGCUUGCCUUGGAGAAUGGCAUCUCCAGCAUCCCCUCUAUGCCACACGAACUGAUGACCCUGGGAGACGGCCUGGAGACACCCAUUCAGCUUAUCUAUCUCCUAUCGCUGUUGGGCUUUCUAGCAUUCGGAGCGUACCUAGUGGUUCGGCAAGUCCUCAUCCGACGAGAGUUGGAUGAGGGUGCCAAAGGCCUCGGAGAGCGGAUCCGAACAGGGGAGGCCACAUGCGAGGACUACUACGAGCUGGGGGUGAUCCUGACCCGCAAGAAGCUCUUCACGCAGGCCACCAAGAACCUGGAGAAGGCCAAGAAGGUGUGGGACGGCGAGGAGUCGGAGCUGGCGCAGGUGCACAACGCACUGGGCUUCUGCUACUUCAACAUGGAGAAGACGGAUAUGGCUAUUCAGGAGUACCGGCGGGCGGUGGAGCUGCAGCCGGGAUACGUCACCGCAUGGAACAACCUGGGUGAUGCGCUAGAGAAGGAUCGCAAGUGGAAGGACGCGCUGCAGGCCUAUCAGGAGGCGCUCACCUACGCGCCCGACAACCGCAUCGCCCGCCAGCGCUGCGAGUACUGCAAGGAGAAGGUGGAGCGGCUGGCGGUGUGAGGGGGGCAGCGCAGCAGGCUGGCGGUGGGCAGGCGGGCGGG